AUGACUAUCAAUUCUUAUCCGGAUUAUAGGGUGUAUGGUCAAACAGUUCCCAGCAGAACUUCUGUUGCAGAACUGGUUCCUGCUGUGGAGCGCGGGCGCUGUGUGGGCGCCAUCCGACGAGGCGGCCGCGUGGGAGGACACGGAGGAAGAGUGCGAGGACGAGGGCGGCGUGGGGCUCGGGCUGGGGAUGGGGCUUGGGGGCGGGGCCGGGCCAGCACGGGGGACGAGGUGGUGGCGCUGCUAAUGCGCCGCCGCCGCGCCGCGCACUCCCGCCCCCGGCCCGCGCCGCCCCCGCCGACGCGCAGCCGCUGCUGGCGGACGUGGGCGUGGCGGCCGUGGACGCUGGCUCGCCCUGUCCGCCCCGCCGCCCGCGCCUUCGCCCACCCACUCGCCCGCACCCACCGCCCCACGCCCCCGCCCCCGCCCACGCUCACCUCCAGAUUCUCGCAUUCCAAGCAUGUCUGCAUGCUGCGAUCUAUUCGCAUGGUCGUCGCAUUAUGUUGGAAAGUGACGGGAGUUACACGCUGUACGUGCGGAGCGGGUCCUCUGUUUGAAGGAAGGGAUGAGGAGGUUCGGGAGGCGGCGGCGGCGGCGGCUGCGGCGGCGGGCGGAGGGGGGGCGGUGCCCGCCGCAGCGGCCCUGCGGCGCACGGAGCAAACGGGA